GUGAUUCUAUUAUUUAUAAAAUUAAUUUUGAUACAAAUAAUGAAGUAAAUAUUUAUAAAAUUGGUAGAAAUAAACUAAUUGUUCAAAGCGUAGCGGAGAACAUUAUGGAUUACGCUAAACCAAUGCAAG